AUGGCCACAAUUCGGACGAUACUUUUGAGGACCCCAUUUCUCUCGACAUCUGGUGUUAUUGCUCGUUCAAAAUCUACGCUUCCAGUUGUGGAAACAGACAAACCGGUAAAACGCGGAUACUCGCCAUUUGGUGUAAAACAAGCUGGCACAGCCGAAUGGACGGUCGCACGCCUGGACGACUUACUGAAUUGGGGCCGCAAAGGAUCCAUGUGGCCGACAAUGUUUGGGUUGGCCUGUUGCGCCGUGGAAAUGAUGCAAGUCGCCGCACCCCGAUAUGACGUGGAUCGAUUUGGAGUACUUUUUCGGGCGUCCCCAAGACAAACGGAUUUCAUCAUUGUGGCCGGUACAGUGACGAAUAAAAUGGCUCCAGCGUUACGAAAAAUAUACGACCAAAUGCCAGAACCUAGAUGGGUCAUCUCAAUGGGCAGCUGCGCAAACGGCGGUGGAUACUACCACUAUUCAUACUCUGUAGUACGUGGUUGCGAUCGAAUUAUACCGGUGGAUAUCUAUGUGCCUGGAUGUCCACCGACUGCUGAAGCCCUAAUUUAUGGUAUUUUACAACUGCAAAAGAAGGUCAAACGUAUGAAAACGGUGCAGAUGUGGUAUCGUAAAUGAACAAGUGCUUUUCGUUCUUUAUUCGUCGAUCGUUGUUGAUCAAACGCAUUUUAAACGUCUAACGUGCUUUAAUUAGUUGUAAGCAUACGGAUAUUAACUUGGUGGUAAACGGGUAUAAAAGUGAACGGUAUUAAACAAAUAAUAUAUUUUUAUUAUUAGUAAUACGCUAUAGAACAGUAUUUCAAAGUUGGAUUCCUUCUAAAUUUCCCUUACGUGACUUCGUUGCUAUAAAUAGAUUUCGAAAAUCCAUAAAGAAGCUUCAAAAUCAGCGCCAGGGUUUGUUUACUCAGCUAUUGCUUUUCAUAAAAUUCGUUCCAUGU